UGUUAAUCUUAUCAAGGGACUUGGUUUGUAGAAUUGCAGGAAAAAUGGAGAUACCUAUAUGUACCGUCAUAUUCAUCAUGGUUGUAUUUCUCGUGUUGCGGUCUGAAGGGAAUUCCGAGAAAAGAGAAAAAGAAAAACGAAUUCUUCUGAACGAUCCCGAUUUGAUAAAUUCUGAAAUAGAAGCCCUUAGGAGGGAAGUCCAAGCACUAACCAAUGCCCAGACUACCUACCAAUCCAAAAUCACGUCUCUGGAAAAUAAGAUACUCCAAAGCAACCGUGGGGAUACUUACAUAAUAUGGGGAAAGAAAUCAUGUCCAGCAGUGAAUGGUACUCGUACUGUGUACAACGGUAUAUCAAGUGGACGGCAAUACACAAAUCCCGGAAGUGGAAGCAAUACCCUGUGUUUGCCACACAAUCCAGAUCCGACCCCUGUCGAUUAUCCCAAACACUUCCAACUCAACGAUCCAUCGGUAUCGGGAUCAAUUUUUGGUGCCGAGUACGAAUUCACCUACAGAAAUAUUGCUAUAGAUGACGAUGUACCUUGUGCUGUGUGCGUGGUUUCAAACGCAGCUCUAAUGGUGCCCGCCAAAACUUCUUGUCCGGUUGGCUGGACUGUUCAGUACAUCGGAGUACUUACUUCCGGUUCCGAUUAUAGUGGUCAUUAUGGAACAGAUUAUCUAUGCCUCGAUGAGAACCCAGAAUACAUGACUGAAGGAGCACGUAUGCACAAUUACGACGGGAAAUUGUUCUACCCUGUGCAUGCUGAAUGCGGGUCCUUGCCCUGCCCUCCAUACAAGAGUAAACAACUCAUAUCAUGCGUUGUUUGUUCAAAUUAACAGGAACUAUUUAAAAAAAAUAAUGAUGUAGUACCUGUUCAACUGUCUUUGAACCAAAAAUAUAAUAAAGCCACGAACAAAUCAAA